AUGGGUCUGCGCGAGUACACAUACACGGCAUGGCCUGUCAAGAUCAUCAACAAGACAAGUGCCAGAAUCACAUUCGACCGCGCUGAGGGAUCAGACUGGCAGGCGAAUGGUCGAGACAUAGACGCCAACUGCGACAGCGGCGAUGCAUUUGUCUUCAAAGCUCCGAACAAAAUAUUGCAGAGACGCUGGGGUUGGCUCGCAUUCACAUAUCGCCCCAACGACAGCCGCAACGUAGUCGAGUUCCGCACCUAUUGCUACUUUAAAGCCGACGACACAGUCACAGAGAGCGGCGCCUGCAUCGCGCCUCACAGUGCCUUCGCGGACGACAACCCACUGCCUGCCCGCUCUUGCGGCCGCACAAGCACCAUCGACGGGCCCGCUUCGCACGAGCUGUGCUUCGAGUUUACUGACAGCGACUUCCAGGCGCAUGUGUUUGCGGGGCCAAACUGGAUGGGGUCGUUCUGCGACGCGCACCCGGACGCAGCCCGCUGGUCGGUAGCGAAAUGGCAUCUACCCGGCUCCCACGACACGGCGACAUAUGGAAAAGGCACGUUCCCGACGAAUGCGUUCCGGUGGAACUGGAACUGUCAGGCGAAGAAUGUGCAUGAGCAGUUGCUUGCCGGGGCGCGCUUCUUGGACCUGCGGUUUGGCAUUGAGAGUGAUGGACAUUGGUGGCCGUGCCAUGGCAUUGCGUACAAGACGGGCGAUAGACUGGAGCUGAGCAAUGGUGUCAACGAGCAGGCGCCGUCAAUCUUAGGCCAGAUUUUGCAAUUUACAGCCACAAGCACGAUGGAGAUUGUGAUUAUAAAUUUUGCGGUCAAUUCCGAUCGUCAGAACGAUACGUUCUGGCAGCCUGUUCUGGAGGCGUUCAAGGAUAUCGCGUUUCCUGUGCCGGGCGAUUGGCCGACGUGUGAAGCGGCACGAAAUAGCGGGAAGAAGCUAAUCAUAUUUGGCGGGCAAGAUCCUGAAAAGGUUUUUGGUGAAGGAGACCCAAUGCGAGAUUUGUACUCGAGAUUGGUAUGGCGGACGCGUGCACCGCUUUGGCUUGGAUCGCCGUAUACUGAUCCUGACUGGCAAACGACUGAAAACUGGAUGAAUGGGAACAAUGCAACACUCGAGAGAGCUGGGGUGUGGAAUGCGCAGUGCCAACUGACACCCCCUGGGCUACCACCACCACCUCCCGAUCCGGCCGGCUCACCUUCUCGGCUUGCUGCUAUUAUGAAUCCCUGGAUCAAGAACAAUCUUUUGACGAGACCAGCCUGGAUAGAUAGGGCGAACAUCAUGAUGGUGGAUUUCGUUGCUGAAGAUAUCAUGCUCCCAAUCGCGAGCAUCAAUUUCAAAAAGGUCUGA